AUGGAGGCCAGUUCCACCAGCCUCAAGAGGAUCAAGUUUGGGAAGCUGAAGGUGGUACGUCGGCGCUUGCUACAGAGGUAUGAGCAUCAGCCCUUCAUCUCCUGCCUGGCUGGUUUCUACAGCUGCCGGUGGAAGCGGUACCAGCGCAAAAGGACCGAGCCUGGGAAAUGCUGCUGCAAGACGCGGGAAUGCGUAUUUUUCCCAUUGCUUGUUGGAGCUUUCUGCUUUUCUCUGGUCUUUCUGUACAUGUGGAGUGAAGCAAAAAAUGACUACAAUAACUUUGACUGGUAUAACUAUGGGAACCUGGGCUUCUGGUUUCUCUGGUCUCUUGUUCUCCUGAUUGUGGCUGCAAUCUUGUUCGUGUACAUCACACUGUUAUUGGUCCUAGCGAUGUGUUUGCUUGCAGAAGGUCAGCAGCUGUACCUACACUGGAGUCACAAGAUUGGGACUUUUCUUGUCCUGGGCUUCUCUAUCACAGCCCUCUGCAUGUUAUCGGUACUCUGGGGAGAUCAGUGGAAAACUGUCCGCCUGUCGCUCCAGAUCACAGCUCCCUAUCUCCACAUAGGAGCAAUAACCAUCAUGGUCCUCCUGUCCUGGCCCAUGGCUCUUCAUGCCAUCAGAGCAGAUAAGAAAGUUGUUCAGGUGAUAAUUGUUGGUCCAUACCUGGCUAUCCUUCUCUUUCUUUUCUUGAUACCUCUGGGGAUGUACUCUCCUUGCAUCAGAGAGAUGGGGACACUUGGACCAAAGCCAGCCCUCAUUGGACACCGUGGAGCUCCAAUGCUGGCGCCAGAAAACACUGAGAUGUCAUUUCAGAAGACAAUUGAACAUGGUGGGGAUGGUCUUGAAACAGAUGUCACCAUUAGCUAUGAUGGGGUUCCUUUCCUCAUGCAUGACAGCACCUUGAGGAGGACAACUAACAUCAAGGAGGUCUACCCCAAUGACACUGCUCAAAAUGCUGCGUUAUUCUCCUGGGAUACCCUGCAGGAGUUGAAUGCUGGAACGUGGUUCCUUAAGGACAAACCAUUUUCAUGCAUGGGCUCACUGUCAAGGGCAGAUCAAAACCAGGCAAUGAAUCAGUCAAUUUACAAGCUGAGUAAUUUCUUGCGCCUCGCAGACAGUCAGAAUAAACUUGUGAUAUUUGAUCUCUACCGCCCUCCAGAGAAACAUCCUUACAGGAACUCAUGGAUCAACAGAACCCUGGAAGUCAUCCUCAGCGAGUCGGGGAUUAGACCCCAUCUGGUCCUAUGGCUGGAGAAUGACAUGAGGUCCUUUGUUCAGUCUGUUGCUCCUGGGUUUCAGCAGACAAUGGGCAGUAAGGCCCCAGUUGAAGACCUAUUGAUGGGCAAUAUUGUCAAACUCAAUCUGGCCUACACUGAAAUGUCCAGUGAAGAUAUCCGGAAAUACGCUGAGGCAAACAUUACCACCAACUUCUAUGUGGUCAGUGAGCCGUGGCUUUUCUCCCUGGCGUGGUGCUCUGGGGCACACUCUGUGACCACCAAUGCCGUCCACACACUGAAGAAUCUCAGCCAGCCACUCUUCCUCAUGACUCCGCAGCAGUACAACAUCAUGUGGAUCCUGACAGAUCUGACCUCUGUGCUCCUCAUCUCACUCAUCUUUGCUCUGCACUGGUGGCGAGAGCGGAGUUUCUCCUGCUGUGCUCAUGACGAUGGCCCGAUGCUGGAGAACGGCAUCUACAACAAGUUCAGGACAGAGCUCAGCGACAUGCCUACCAUCAUAGUCUGA